UGCAGGUUGGGUGAAUUUACCUCGUGCAGGUUGGGUGAAUUUACCUCAUGCAGGUCAACAGCAUUGUGAAUGAACAAUGAAUAGCACAGAAAAUGAGAACUCCACCUACAGGUGUACAUUUGAUGAAGACUUCAAAUAUCUUCUGCUUCCGGUGUCCUACGGGAUUGUGUUUUGCGUGGGAUUUGUUCUCAACAUCCUGGCCCUUUACAUCUUUCUGUUCCGGAUAAAGCCAUGGAAUGCUUCCACCACGUACAUGUUUAACCUGGCCAUCUCGGACAUGAUGUAUGUCAUCUCACUGCCGCUGCUGAUCUACUACUAUUCCCAGGGCGACGACUGGCCAUUUGGUGUCGCUAUGUGCAAAAUCGUCAGAUUUCUCUUCUACACCAACUUGUACUGCAGCAUCUUAUUCUUGCUUUGCAUCAGUAUCCACCGAUUCAUUGGCAUCUGCUUCCCGAUGAAGUCGCUGGUUUGGUUAAAGGUCCGAAAUGCCCGGAUUAUAUGCGUCGUGGUCUGGCUCUUCAUUGUGGCUUUUCAGUGUCCAAUUUUGUACUUUGUGACCACAAGCAAAAAUGGAGAGCACACCAUCUGCCAUGACACCUCUAGGCCGGAUUUGUUUGACACUUUUGUUAUCUACAGUUCGGUCAGCUUGGCUUUACUCUUCUGUGUUCCAUUUGUUACCAUCCUCAUCUGCUACGCUUUGAUGACUCGAACCCUCAUGCAGCCCUCAGCAUCUUCUUCUGACACCUCAAACUCCAAGAAGAAGUCAAUUAAGAUGAUCAUCAUUGUGCUGCUGGUGUUCAUCAUCUGCUUUUUACCCUUUCAUGUGAACAGAACCUUGUACUAUUACUUUAGAAAGUUAGACCUUGACUGUAGUGUGUUGGAUGCCAUCAACAUAGCCUACAAGGUGACAAGACCGCUGGCUAGCGUUAACAGCUGUCUAGAUCCCAUCUUGUACUUUCUUGCUGGACAGUCUGUUCGAAGGAAUAUUCUUCCUAGAAAUGGGCUCACAAAAGUUAAAAGUAAGUUCUCAACCUAUGUAAGAGACACUAACUGGAGCACUGUCACGAACAGUAAUGCUGCAGACAAUAACUUAACCUAUAGUCCUACCAAUUCAUCAUCCCCAGUCCCCAGCCUUAGCCCAACUGUAAUCACCAGGAUGUAAAUAGUCAAGCCAUAUUUAUUAGAUACCAUCCACCUGUGUUUUGACACACAGAAUUGCUGGAGCCCAGAAGAUUUUGUUUGUAAAAUGGG